GAUCGCGACUCGCGGCUCAGUCGCUCGCUAGCUACGAGAUUGAAUUGAUUAAUUUUAUCGUGUGUACAUCACUUUCAGACACUCGCGAGACGAAUCAAAUCGUGUCCAAGGUGAAAAGAGACUCGUUUUGUAUUUCGCAUCCUUCUUGAAUUUGUCUAACUGCUUCCUUGUAAACCUCCGAUAACCUUAAAAAGACUCGAUGAGUAAGAGACGAACAAGAGUGUGAGAGGGAGGGAGAGUGAUUCGAGUGUGCCGACUGUGAUACACUUAGCCGCGUAGAUAGCUGCUCUGUGAUAUACGCGUACACACAUGGAUAUUUCGAUACCUCUGGACUUUUCUCGUAUGGACACGAAAAGCUGUUAAUAGAGAUAUUCGAGCUUUUAAUAUUGUUAAUUGCGGAUCCUACUUAUGUGCAAAGAUAAAUGGAAAAUUCAUCGAAGAUAUUGGAUAUGGAUAUAUAAAUAAAUACGUACAAGAUAGUACAAACUUCUUGUACGUAAAAAGAAGACGGCGAUAAGAGGGACACAGAGAGGGACAGAGAGAGAUAGAGAAGAGUAGCGGAAGAAAAGAUACACGUGCGCGUGGUCGGUGUCUCGAGGAUACCUGUGGAUGCCAGGCUGGAGUUGCGACGUAUUAGGAUGCGGAUUUCUGUCCGAUGACCGCCGAGGAGAUUCAUUUCGAUUCACUAACCGAUCUCCAGCAUUGAUAUUACGCCGCAUCAGACGAUUUAUCAGCUAAGCUACAACUGAGAGAAGAAAGAGCAGAAAGCAUACGCACAGAACGUGUUAUGAAAUUGUUGCCGUCGAUUCAACUACCGCAAUUACCGCCGGUUUCGGCCGGGGGUGGAAUGACGGGAAUGGACUCUCGGCUACCACCCGGUAUAUCUUUACCUUUUAGUCCUACUGAACUACUCUGGCGAUACGGUCCCGCUAUGAAUUUUCCACCGACUCACCCGCCACCAAGUCCCUUUCUCGAUUUCAAGACGCACCUACCGGCAAGUUUGGCUUCAGAUCCACGGCUGUGGUCUCGCGAGGAUGUGACGACGUUUCUUCGAUGGGCCGAACGGGAAUUCGACCUACCCCAAUUUGAUAUGGACAUGUUUCAAAUGAAUGGCAAGGCGCUCUGCUUGUUGACAAAGGCGGAUUUGGGAGAAAGAUGCCCUGGCGCUGGUGACGUGUUGCACAAUGUGCUCUCGAUGCUGGCCAGAGACUUUAACCAGCUUCAAAGGUGUCUUCCCAGUAGUCCGGUCACCCCCACAAGACCCUCCGCGUACCCCCUCAGUCCUCAUUCGCAUCCACCAACCCCGACAUGGACGGAGAACCCAUACACCGCGAAUCUUGCAUCGUUAAUGUCCGCGAAUUCAGUCACGUUAUCCCCGGCACCCUCGGUCGACAGUCAAGCAGGAUCUCCAGGACAUACGGAAAGUACACAGAGCCAGAUUUACAAGAGCGAUUCGGACGAGGAUAAUCAACAAGGAACUACUGGAAGUCCUCCAGCCACGCCCACUGCUCUUGCAGCGCAAAGGUUAAGCGAAGUUUGCGUCAAGGAUCAACCGAGUCCUACGUUAACGCAACCGAUGAUGCCUCUGACGCCCGGUGCCUUCAGAACGAAUCCUGCCAACGCCGCGAGAGAAUUUUUCCCGAACGAUUCUCCGGAACCUAAUACAAAUGGUAGACUUUUAUGGGAUUUUCUUCAACAACUUUUAAAUGAUCCCUCACAACGAUAUACACAUUACAUCGCAUGGAAAAGUCGGGAAACGGGAGUAUUCAAAAUCGUUGAUCCUCCUGGACUUGCAAGGCUCUGGGGCAUUCAAAAGAAUCAUCUUUCAAUGAAUUACGAUAAAAUGAGCAGAGCUCUUCGAUAUUAUUAUCGAGUGAAUAUUUUGCGAAAAGUCCAAGGAGAACGACAUUGUUACCAAUUUCUGCGAAACCCAACAGAGUUGAAGAACAUAAAGAACAUAUCUCAGCUGCGUCAGCAAAUGCGGAUAAAAUCAGAGCCGGAAGAAGAAGGCGGAAGUGGCGUCGAGCCGGAAAUCGAUAUGCCAACAGACCUCUCGAUGUCUAGUAUGAGUCAGCCAUCCAGCGAGCAACAACAACAGCAACAACCUCUAUCUCUUCUCGAUCCACCUGUAAAAUAUAGAAGUCAUGCGUACAAUCUCGUAAAAACCAAUCAAGAAUCGGAAGAGCAAAAGUGACGUGAAACGUAGCACUAAUGUGACUGUCUAAUGUGUUUUAAAUGCUGACAAGAUUAACAUAUUUUAUGUUAUGCACAUACUCGUUAUUUGAUUCGAAAUAGUCAGUUUCGAAAUAAUGCAAAGAGAUUUACUUUUAACUAUAUGUCAAGUAUAUUGACAAAAUUGUUGACAGAAUGUUCGUUUUCGGAAUAAUACAUUUCUAGGAAUAUUUUUUGCCGUUUAAGAAUCACUAGGUCAUCAGCGCCACUGUUCAAAUAAUAAAGCUUGCGAGAAAGUUGUUAGGUUAUAAAUUAGUAACUAUCGUAUCAUCAACGUGUCUCCGGAACUAAUAUAUGAUAAAAGACUGACAAAUAAAAUAUUGUGCGAGUUAUGUAUCAAAAUAUACAAGCUAUGAGGAGAAUAAUUUUGAAAGCAACAUUGUGUAAUGUCGAUGGUAAGUUGACUUGCCUUGAAUCUAAUUAUUAGUACUACAUUAAUUAUUAAAACUAAUUAUUAGUACUACAUCAUAGUGCUUACCUGGUUCAUGAUUUAUUUGUCAACUUUAUUUCGAUAUUCGACCGCAACUUCGAAAACGUCCACCGAUUUUGAAUCGGCUCGAAGAUCGAGCAAUCAACAAGCGGUUCAUCGAUUUCCAUGCGUUUCAAAUAGAUAAUUGGCUGUUCAGAAUCUUAUUAAAGAGUGUCAGGAGCCAAUUGUGCUACAAUUGUGGAAGACGCUUCGAUGAAGCUGAACUUUCGCGGAUAUUCCGCCAUUUGUUUUCCAUCCUUCGUGUUAACACACGUACGCGAGUGUGAAACGUUUCUCGCUUCUACAACGAACUACUUUAGAAAUGCUUAUAGAGCGUUAUCGACGAACGUACAAAACGGUGUUCGGGAAACGAUCGAGAUAUUUUAUUCCAAAGUUAUUCUGUGAUGUAAACUUUAGCUUGAAAGUAAAUUUCUCGGAGUAACAUAUACUUAGUUGUAACUAGAGAUUGAAUUUAUUGAACAUUUUUUUAUUUGAACAAAAGAACUUAUUAUGAAAGAUUUUUAUGUAAGAUUAACAAUUAUAUGUAAUAUAUAGUUCUAUCCUUUAAAGAGGAUACAAUAUUAUGCGAUCCAUUUUGUAAAUACUUAAAAUCGAUGAAAUUUCAAAGUUGGUUUCCCGUUGCACCGACUCAGUUGUGCCAAUCUAAUCGUCGGUAAUACGUAUAUAUGCGCGUUUAGUUUAGCGUUCUGUAUACAAAGAAACAAAGGGAAAAAAUGUGUCUAUCGUUUUGAAAUAAUUAAAACGAUAUUGAGGAUCGUUUACAUCCCUAAACCUAGAUACGUGUAAAUAAGUUGACGAACUAUUAAAAAAAAAAAGAUGUAAUGAAACAAUUAAACAAAAAAAAAAAAAAAAAAGUGCGAGAGUUUUAAGGAAUUCGGGGCCAGAGUUAUAUAUAUACAUAUAUAUGAAUAUAAAUUUAUGUAUAAAUAAAUCUCUAUAUAUAUUAUAUAUAUAUAUUUUACUACCGAAGAGAAAUUUAUAUUCGAAAUUUCUACGUUCGUUGUCGAUGCGAUUGUGGCUCACAUUCCUCGCCAACGGAUCCUAGAUUUUAAAGAAAUAAAAAAAAAAAAUAAAAAUGAAAUGUCACUAGGGACCGAAGGCGCGUGUAUGAUUAGAAACUGGUCUUAAGAUCGUAUUUUUACUAAAGACUCACACACACGAGAUAGAAAGUAUGAAAAAAUUCUUAUCAUGAGUGAAUCAAUGUAUGUAUACAUGUGUAUGAAUAUGUGAGAAUGUUGUGUGUAAGAGUAAGAGAGAGAAAGACAAAUAGAAGUCUGCGAAAAUGAAAAGUGCAUUAGCAGCAAGAGAUUUAUAAAUGAAAAAAAAAAAAGUUGUAUUUGGCUAUUUGUAUACUGUGAUCUCCGUGAAGUUUUUAUCAUAAAAAUGCAUAAAAAACAAUCGUGUACAUAAUUUUCAUGAGAGAACAAUUUAUAUUAGUGAUAAAUAUAUUAAAAUACACAUACACAAAUUGUGUUCUUAAAACAACCCAAAUUUUGAUCAUAAGAUUUGGUAUUUCUCUGUACACACUUUAAUACAUUUAAUGGAUGAUUGUAUUUAAAAAUUAUUUAUUCGUAAGUAUUAGACUUGCGUAUCAAUCUAUAGAAAUUAUACACAUGUGUUACAUGAAAAAAUUGAUGUUUAAAAAAAAAAUAAGUCCUACAAAACAAAAAGUGAUGUUUCAAUUUUAAUUACCAUUUUGGUUUAUCAUAUAUCUAUAGAAAUUUACAUGUGUAUCAUGCAUGUAAUGUAGAAUUUUUAAAACCAUCACAUCGUCAAGAAUUUUCUUUCCUAGCAUUUACAAAUUUCCUUUCCGAUUUAUCAAAAAAAAAAAAAAAAGUUUAUAUUUCAUUUUUGUUUACAAAUCCUGUAUAAACUUGUACAAUUUUAGAAAAUUAACGAAUUGUUUAUUGUAUAAUUCAUUGCAAGUGAAUGAGCAAUAUGUAAAUAAAGAUUUAUUUACUUAUUAAGCUAA